AUGAGCUCGUCAAAUUUGUUGGAGUCAUUUGAAAAGAAUACGACGACGCAUGGUGUGGGCACCAUUGCUUUGUCGACUGGACGCUUUAAAAAGAUAUUUUGGAUUUGUUUCACCUUUGCUGCAACAGCUGUCUUGAUCUUCAACCUGUACAGACAGAUCCAAAAGUACUUCGAUUAUUCAGUCUCGGUCGGCAUCUCGAUACAACACGCCAACGAUAUCGACUUCCCGGCCAUCACGCUGUGCAAUAUCAACCCGGUAAAAAAAUCUCAAUUCCAAAGAAAUUAUCAAACCACUACUUCUGCACCUGUUUUACCAAAAGAAACUUUUUUAAAAGCAGAGUUAUUGACAGAAAUUUUAUCAAAUUCAAGCAAACGUUUCGGUUAUACAUUGAACGAUCUUGUACUCAACUGCACAUUUGCGGGCAGCAACUGUGAUCCAAAAUAUUUUUUCCAAUUUUACAACCCGAUUCACGGAAACUGCUUCGUCUUCAACAGUGGAUGGCAGGUUGCAAGUUUGAAGUCCCAUCGAACAGGCAGACGAUACGGUCUCAUGAUGACAUUGAACAUAAACCAAGACGAAUACGUUAGUGACGCUGGUGACACGGCUGGUAUCAGACUUGUCGUCCACAUUGGAUUGCAGGCCCCAUUCCCAGAGGACCAGGGCAUCCUAGUCAGUCCUGGACAUUUGACCUCAAUUUCAUUGAAGAAGAUUGUUGUUGAGAGGAGAGGCCAACCGUACUCGAAGUGCGUGGACUCAAGCGAUGCCAACAUGGACAAUGUUUAUAAAGAAAUUUUCCCUGAAACUAGAUACAGUCAAGGAGUAUAA